AUGUCGUCGACCAAGGGUCUCGCUCUUGUUACCGGCGCCAACGGCUUCAUCGGAGCCCGAACUGUGGAGGCGUUCCUCCUAGGUGGCUAUUCAGUGCGCGCCGCCGUCAGAUCCCAAAAUUCAGCAGCAGGCCUUCUUGAUGCACUCCCGUCAUAUGCCUCGUCUGGCCAACUUUCCACAGCUACUGUCCCCGACAUCACGGCGCCAGGCGCAUUUGACAAAGCGGUCGAGGGCGUGACUACGAUUGCUCACCUCGCAAGCCCGGUCGACUUCACCAACACGAAUGCCGAACAAGUCAUCGGCACUGCUCUGAAAGGAACCCUCGGCAUUCUGGAAUCGGCCAUCGAACAGCCGGGCUUGAAGUCGUUCGUGUACAUGUCAUCCAUCGUCGCAAUCAGGGGCUCCAGCCCGCAGUAUCAGGGCCGCGUUGUCACCGAGGCGGACUGGAACGACGAGGCUGAAGAGGUGCUCCAGAAGGCAGGAAAAGACGCGGCCGGUCACCAGAUCUAUGUCGCGAGCAAGGUCAAGGCCGAACGCGCCUUUUGGGAGUUUCGGGAGAAGAACAAGAGCCGCAUCAACUUCAGCAUGACGGCGAUCAACCCGGUCUGGGUCGCGGGUCCGCCUUUGAUCCUGCCCAAAGACCCCCAGAAGCUGAGCGAUACUGCCAUCGUUGCGUAUCGUGUCAUGAACGGCGAUGAGUUGCCGCCGGUGGGACCGGGCAACGGGACGCACGUAGACGCUCGCGACGUCGGUCGGCUCGUUGUGUUUGCGGCCGAUAGACCGGAUGUUGCAGAUGGGCAACGUUUCAUCGCGGGUGGCAACGGGAACUUCGCCAACAUCCAGGCAUAUUGUGAUGUUCUGCGAAAGGCGUAUCCUGGGAGGAGAGAUGUCAUCAGAGAGGGAGAGCCGGGUAAGGGAUAUCUGGAAGACUACAGCGAGCCUCCCGACGCGAGGCGAGUUGAUGCAAGCAAAGCAGUAAAGGCGACGGGUCAGGGAUGGAUUCCGUUUGACAAGAUGGUUUUGGAUGCAGCAAAAUCUUACGAAAUGUACUUCUGA